CAAUGUUCUCGCGAUAACUUGGGUGUAAGGGAACCUGUCGUCCCAGUAGCAACUGAACGGGGCUAAGCGCAGAAGAGCCCCACGAAGGCGCCCAACCCGGCGGCGGAAUGGCCGAGUACAGCCGGACGGGCAUCCUGACGGCACUGCUGCUGUUUACGGUCGUCACUCUGCGGGAUUUUUAUCUCGGCAGGAAUUUAAGUGAAGAGCAGCAGCGGGAGCGGCAGGCCGCCGACAUCCGGGGCGCCGUGCCCGAAAGCCCGCGGAACCUGGAUGCGUUGAAGACCGGCAAGCCGCAGAUGUACAUGGGCCCGGUUCUGAGGUUUCAGUACUGCAUUUCCUGAGGGUACAGCAAGGUGUACCAGGAGUACUCUUGGUCUAUCAGCCAGUUGUACCCGGACAUCAAAAUCGAGGGAGAAAACUACCCUCCAAAACCCAUCAACAAGUACGUUGCAAAUUUCAUUUCCUAUUUCAAACUCCUCGUCAUCGCCCUGAUCGUAAGUGGCCAGAAUCCUUUUCCUCUCCUUGGAAUCCACACUCCAGCUAUUUGGUCAUGGGGCCAAGACAAUAAGAUAUUUUCCUGCCUGAUGAUGUUUUUCAUCAGCAAUAUGCUGGAGACCCAUUUCUUAUCUACAGGGGCUUUUGAGAUCACUCUCAACGAUGUACCAGUUUGGUCAAAGCUGAAUUCAGGACGUGUACCUAACAUCCAGGAGCUUUUUCAAAUCCUCGAUAAUCACCUGAAGAUGAAUCAAGUCGGCAAUGUCUUCCCAUAGAACUAGUUUCCAUGCUUAGUUUCUGCAGUGGUUUUCCCAGUGCAUCGGGCUGUCCUGUGGCGUUAUGAAGGCCUGCACUGCAAACAGCAUGCUGUAAGUCCAGGCUAGAUGUCCAUGCCACUGUGCACACUCCUGCCUUCUUGGGGAAACCUUCAGCACUACAAAAGCCUGUGGACUGACUUUUUUUUUUUUUUUUUUUUGCAAAAGCAAGCCUCGUGGAAUAAAUCCUGACCUUGUAAGCCUAGAAUUCCAGGCAAGGUACUGUUUUUAGGUUAAUGCUUUUUGUCUUGCUCUUGUAAUUGUGCCCAUAUGGGUUUUGGUGGGAUAAACUGGAGGCAGUGGUCUUCUCCCGAGCUGAAUGUUUUUAAAAUGGUCAAAACCAUGAAUGCAAUGUAGUUUAGUGUCUGUCAAAUGCAAUGUCAAAUGGGGUUUAAACAAAUGCAACGGUGCGGUUUUAAUUUCUCCAGUGCUAACUGUUCGUGUCCUGUGGAGCUGGAUGCUUUUUGUUUUCUAAAGGCUAAGGUUAUCCAGAUGACUGCUCACAGUCACGCUUAUCUCAUCAUCCACAGAAGGCUUGCCCAUUUGCAUCAUGGUCUGCCGUGGCAGAUGUUCUUUGUUAAAGCAAACGGCAGGUUGGGUUGAAGGAUGCAUAAUUCUGAAGCAGCCCUGGGGUCCUCCCUGUAACCCCCCUGCAGGGGACACAUGGUACCUCCUCGCUGGGCACCUCUCUUUCAGGUGCCGUGGCUCAGUGUCUAAUACCCUGUGUUCUGACCCACUCUGCAGAGCCACCGAACUUACCUUCUGUUUUUAUUGGUUUCUUUUUUUGCUGUUUGCAUCAUUCCCCGACCUGCAUUUCUCUUAAGGAGGCUACUCCCCAUGGAGAAAACACUCCAGCACCCUCUGCAGUCUUACACUCUGCGAUUUUAAAACUGAAGAUUGCAAAGUGGAAAUCUUAGUUUAUUUUUUUUUUUUGUUAAACUUGUGGAAUUAAUGUAUAAAUAAAGGAAGUAGUGCCUAAAAUGUUUUUGCAUUUUCUCCCCAUGCGUUACUGUACCGUUGAUAUACAAAUUGUGUUGUCAGUUGGGACUAUUUGCUAUUUUUGUAUUUACGCCAGUCUAACGGAAUCACACCAUGCCAUAUGAAGAACACAAGUACAUUGCCUAACUUGUUCUCAAAGUAUUGUUAAAGGUUAUCUUUGAUCUCAAUGCAGAUCUGUGUACACUGACCAGCCAUAACAUUAAAAACAGCUGCCUAAUAUUG